CCGCCAGGAGCUGAGGAACAAGCAAAGCAAGGCAGUGCGCGAUGCGGCGAUCGGCGAUGGCGCUCCGCUCGACGGCGGACCGGUGCUUCGGCCACCACUCACCGUUGACAAACGUUAUCCAAUCAACGUUCAGUGCAAAUGCUUGCUCAAGAUGGGGAAGUCUUGCAAGAACUUUCAGUGCAAAACCAAUUGGAAAUGAGGUUAUUGGAAUUGAUUUGGGGACAACGAAUUCCUGUGUUUCUGUUAUGGAGGGAAAGAGUGCAAAAGUGAUAGAGAAUUCAGAAGGUACUAGGACGACACCAUCAGUUGUUGCUUUCAGUCAAAAGGGGGAGCGGCUUGUUGGAACUCCGGCCAAGCGUCAAUCAGUGACAAACCCACAGAAUACCUUCUUUGGUACGAAGCGUAUGAUAGGACGGCGCUUUGAUGACCCGCAGACGCAGAAGGAGAUGAAAAUGGUACCAUAUAAAAUUGUGAAGGCUCCCAAUGGUGACGCUUGGGUUGAAACAACAGAUGGAAAGCAGUUCUCACCGAGCCAAGUUGGUGCAUUUGUAUUGACCAAGAUGAAGGAGACUGCUGAAGCUUAUCUUGGCAAAUCUGUUUCCAAGGCUGUGAUCACAGUUCCAGCUUACUUCAAUGAUGCUCAGCGUCAGGCAACCAAGGAUGCUGGUCGAAUUGCUGGACUUGAUGUCCAAAGGAUCAUCAACGAACCAACUGCUGCUGCUCUUUCGUAUGGAACAAACAACAAGGAAGGUUUGAUAGCUGUAUUUGACCUUGGAGGUGGUACGUUUGAUGUCUCCGUUCUUGAAAUCUCAAAUGGAGUAUUUGAGGUAAAAGCAACAAAUGGUGAUACUUUUCUGGGUGGAGAAGACUUUGAUAAUACUCUGUUGGAGUACUUAGUCAGUGAAUUCAAAAGAACUGAUGAUAUUGAUCUGUCAAAGGACAGACUAGCUCUGCAAAGGUUGCGUGAAGCAGCCGAGAAGGCAAAAAUUGAACUCUCAUCAACUGCACAGACUGAUAUUAACCUUCCAUUUAUCACAGCUGAUGCCACUGGAGCAAAACAUUUGAAUAUAACAUUGACAAGAUCGAAGUUUGAAAGUUUGGUGAAUGGUCUGAUUACAAGGACUAGAGACCCGUGCAAGAAUUGUUUGAAGGAUGCUGGUAUCACUGCGAAGGAAGUUGAUGAGGUUCUUCUUGUUGGUGGAAUGACAAGGGUUCCCAAAGUGCAGGAAGUGGUUUCAGAAAUCUUCGGCAAGGCCCCUAGCAAAGGAGUCAACCCAGAUGAAGCUGUGGCCAUGGGUGCGGCUCUUCAGGGUGGCAUUCUCCGUGGAGACGUCAAAGAGCUUCUUCUCCUUGAUGUAACCCCACUUUCACUUGGUAUUGAGACUCUUGGCGGUAUCUUCACCAGACUGAUAAGCAGGAACACUACAAUCCCCACAAAGAAAAGCCAGGUGUUCUCAACUGCUGCUGACAACCAGACACAAGUUGGUAUUCGUGUCCUUCAAGGUGAGCGUGAGAUGGCUACAGACAACAAACUUCUUGGCGAGUUUGAUCUUGUCGGCAUCCCACCAGCACCAAGAGGACUUCCACAGAUUGAGGUCACGUUCGACAUUGAUGCCAAUGGUAUCGUGACAGUCUCUGCGAAAGAUAAGGCCACCGCGAAGGAGCAGCAGAUCACCAUCCGGUCCUCUGGUGGGCUUUCUGACUCUGAGAUCGAGAAGAUGGUGCGUGAGGCUGAGUUGCAUGCGCAGAAGGAUCAGGAACGUAAAGCCCUCAUUGACAUCAGAAACACCGCAGACACUACCAUUUAUAGCAUUGAGAAGAGCUUGGGAGAGUACAGGGACAAGAUCCCUGCAGAGGUAGCCACCGAGAUUGAGACGGCGGUUGCUGAUCUCCGCGCGGAGAUGGCAUCUGAUGACGUUGAGAAGAUAAAGAACAAGAUGGAAGCGGCCAACAAGGCCGUCUCGAAGAUUGGGCAGCACAUGUCUGGUGGUGCGUCUGGAGGUGGCGCGGCUGGUGGCUCGCAGGAAGGAGGAUCACAGGAAGGAGGAUCGCAGGGCGGAGGUGACCAGGCUCCAGAGGCUGAGUACGAGGAGGUGAAGAAGUGAAGCUGCACGGGCUGACAGCUGCCUACCGGCUCGCUCUAAAUACAGCAGCUAGUUUUUGAGGAACACUAGGAUCUUUUUUAGCUGUAAUAAAAUUUUGUUCAACUGAGGCAUAUGAAACAUGCUAAAAGUUCUUAGCGCACUUGGUAUUUGCAGUAUUGUAUGACUUGGUUGAACUAGGUUCUACGCUUUGAGGUGCAUCAAGGCAAACCGAUCUUGUGCUUUCUUAUAUAGUCAGUUUUUCUGCUUCA